UUUUUUUGUCCCUAAAUUAACCUUCAAACUCUAAUUUCUGGAGAAAGUAACAUUGUUACAAGCCUUUUUCGUUCGCUUUUCACCUCGUUCAAAAAAACUAUGAGAGAAUAGAUGGCUCCUAUACUACCAUCCAUACGGCAACAACCAUAUCAACAACAGCAACACUUUAAGAACGUUUUUUGGUCUCAAAAGCGCCCCGAACUCACGCUUCCUGACUUUCAAACUGGUCUUUCCGUCCUUCACCAAAAGCUCGCUCAAAGCAAAAUAGAGAAUGAAGAACUCAUCAGCUAUUUUAAAAAUCGCAUUGCUAUUGAAGAGUAUUAUGCGCUUAAAUUGACAGACCAAAGUAAAACUCCCUUCAAAACAACCGGUUUUGGCCGAGAUGAAGGUGCCACUCUUGCCAAGUCAUUCUUGCAACUGAAAGAAACCAGUCGACAAUGCGGCGAGCGUCAUAAAGCGACAGCUACUCAUAUGGCUCACACUGUGCUUGAGCCUCUACAAACGUUUCAUGAGGACUAUAAACAAACGAUCAACAAUUCAAAACAGGCAAUGGAUGGUAUGUUGAAGCAGUUUGAUAGACUCGUAAAAGAAGCAGAAAGGUCAAGAACCGCCUAUCAUCGAAAGUGUCAAGAUGCAGACAAGGCGGAAGAAAUAGCUGUGAAUAAUGCUGCAUUGUCCGUCAACAGUAAAAACGAAAAAGAAGGAAGGGAGCUAUAUUCCAAUAACAAUAACCUUCCCUUGCACCACCACAAAGACACAGCAACUGAUAGGAAACCUGUAAUGAACAAAGAGGAAGACCUGGAGAAAGAAUCCAUGUUCAUAGCGAGCAAUACGGCUGCUACCAUCACGAACACCAACAACGUCGCCAAUAUUCAGUUGGGAAAUCAACUGAUGCCUCAGACGGAACUGGAUCAUCUGGUGCGUCGUAUGCGUCAAGAAAUACCUAUCAAAGACCACCGUGUACCUAUCCUUGGCACUUAUAAGAAUACGUCGACAGGAGAAGAGAUAGCCAUUUGGCUGCAGCAUAAUCUACCUCAGUGUAAAGACUCUCCUGCCAUGGCUGAUAUUGUGGGCCAGCAAUUGAUCCAGCCCUAUCAUAUUCUCAGAUUGGUUGGACAACGCGGAAAUAAAUUUACAGCCUCUGCUCAUUGCGUCUAUCAGUGGCAGCGUUCUGGCGAGGACACCCAAGAGGAUGAGGAGGCUACUGCUGUCAGAAACUCUUCCACGGCCGCCGCCUCAGACAGUAGCAGCAUCAGUAGUUAUGGAGGACUAGGCGGUUUACUCAUGGAUAAAAUCGCACCUGCCAUCUCCUCCGCAUCUUUGACUGACGCUGUGAACGAAGAACCCCAUAAGAAAGCACGCCGAGAAGCUGAAAAGAGCGACCAGAUCUAUCGUGCAGCCGUCUUGAAAUUGGAUCAAACGCGUAUGGCGAUAGAAGAAGCUAUGUUUGCUCAUCUGACAGAUAUGCAACAAGUAGAAUUCAAGCGUUUACAGACAAUCAAAUCCAUUCUUGCCACCUUCACUGCAUCUUUAUCAGAGACAAUUGCUGAUAACAAAACGGUCAUUGACGAGAUGACGGUCUAUUUAGAGUCGCUGAAACCGAGCCAGGAUAUUGAAUAUAUUAUCCAACAAUACGCAGUAUCAGGAUUUUCUCCAAAAGCCAUUGUCUAUGACAAUUAUUACCAUGGGAUAGCGCUUGAUCAGGUCUUUGGUGUCUCCUUGAAAGAAUUGGCAGGAAAACGGCAACAGGUCCAGCAGCUUCAGGAACAGCAACAGGAUCCGCCACCACGGUUCAUCUCUUUUAUUUUAGCAGCUAUUGAAAGUGGUAUCUCAAUAUUAGAUGAUCAGGAAAAGAAAAAGAAUGUCUGGUCCACUCCUUGCGCACUUGAUCGGGUGCAUGCUGCCUGUUCACACCUUAACACAAGCAGCGAUUAUCUGACAGCACAAAUGUUUGAAAAGUACGAGCCUGAUUUAUUGGUCGCUGUUCUUCGCUAUUUUUUGUUGGAAUUACCUGAUUGCUUGAUGACUUUCGAGUUUUAUGACCCGGUGAAUGCAUUGUUCACUGGAGGAUACAGCAACAAUGAACAAGACGGUGAUACACUUCGAGUCUCUUCCCUAAGCCAUCUUAUCGCCAGCCUUCCUUCCUCCCAUUUUACUACCCUAAAUGCUAUCCUGAAGAGCAUGCUGAGCUUCAUCAAGGAUGUAUCGGCUAGUUCAGAGAUCAUUGAAAGUAUGUGUCAUUCUUUGGGUCCUGUGGUGCUACGUGCACGUGUAGAAUCUUUUAGCACUCUCAACAGUAAAGUGCCUUUUAGACUCAUGUAUGAACUUAUCAGUCACUACCACGAGAUAUUUACUGAAACAACUUUCAAGAUGCAGUUCGAACGUGUGAAACAACGACAGGCAAAACUAGUCGUCGCUGCGACUGAUAUUGAACAACAACCACGCCAUGGAGAUACGUCGCAAAACAGUGCCAAACGCUCCAAUAGCAGUAGUUUUAUGUCUUUCAUGAGACCUACUAUCAAUACUUCUGAAGAACUGAGCAAUAAAUGGAGAAAUAUGUUUCAAAAAAAUACAACGAGUAGUCCUUUAUCAGCUGGAUUGUCGUCCUCGUCAUCACCUGGAGGAGGCAGCCAACCGAGUCCUUCUAUGGUGAAAUCUAUUCCCUUGUCGUUUGGUUCUCUCAUUACGGGCGAAACGUUUCUUUCCUCUUCCCCUCCAUCGUCUCUUAAAGACAACGCCACCGUUGCUACCAAGGCGACGACAAUAAGUAGUGGUGAUGACAAAGAUAAUAUACCAUCCCCAUCACUAGAACAAGAGCAGCCUACAACAGUUAUGUUCGAUGCUAAUAACCAUAUGAAGGAGGAAGACAGUCAACCUAAUGGCAGUCAGGAAGAUAGAUUCCUAGCACACAAUAGCGAUGAUAAUAGUAACAAUAACGAUGCUGCUUCUUCAGUUAAACGACCUGAAAAGCCGAAUGAAACAGAUUCUUCGUUUUUCGAUGAUGAUGAUGACGAAGAGGAAGAGGAAGAAUAAAAACUAAGCGUUGAAUAAAAAGAACGUAACAUUUGCAAUUGUAUACCACUUGCCAUGUCAUUCAUGGAAGUUAGCACUGAUUUCCUUCUUUAACCCAGUCGCUUAUGAUAGUGUUCCAUUUUCUUACGCAAACAAUGAAUCAUAAAUUAAAGUAACCUUAUACCAUAAUUUUUCUUUUUUUCUGCAAACUAUUAAGCACACGUCUACUUUAAAUGUACCGUUGUCGUUUCUUUUUCACUUUAAAACUUACUUGUUAAAGUUCUCUUUUUGUCUCAGUAAAUGCUGAGAACAACUGAAAUGUAUUAUGAAGAAAGUAUUGUAGUAUUUGACGACUUGUAGAGUUAAAUAUCACUUAAUUAAAAACAGUAAAAAGUUAACGAGAUCAAACUAGUAUGUUUUUAUUUUGAAUCAAGUUAAGUUCAAAG